AUGGCACCUAAACUCACCACCAUCGACGCCUCCGAGCCUUUGGACAAGAUCCUAGCCAUCAUAGCUCGGGAUGGCGGAGUGGUUGUAUCUAACUUCCUUGCUCCCGAGCUCCUGAAUGAGUUGAUGCGUGCUGUCGAGAAGUUCUUUUCAGGCGGGGAGAUGUACGACUCCAGGUCAACGCAUAGAGAAUUUGGUGAAGAUUUCUUUCCGCAGGGCUCUCAGCGUAUAUAUGACGACGUCAAUUACGGCACUGGCAACUUGUUCGACCCAAAAAACCCACUUUUCACCCCCAUGGUCGGCUGUCUGAUCGCAGGAUCCAGGACGACGUACAAGAAUGGCGCUACAGCGGUCAUUCCUAGAAGUCAUUUGUGGGGUCCUGAACGGGCGCCCAAAGUUGAAGAGUGCACAUACGCGGAGAUGGACCCUGGAUCGGCACUGUUCACGCUUGGCAACAAGGCCGUCGGUGGUGUUGGCUUCGUAGGAGACCACAAGGACCCAGCCGAGCUUUUGCAAAUGGACGCAAAUGCCGUGGGUAAUGGCAUGGGCAAAUUCGUGGAAUAG